AUGGGAAGAUACAGCGUCAAGAGAUAUAAAACAAAGAGGAGAACGCGGGACUUGGACCUUAUAUAUAACGAUUUGUCCACUCCAGAAUCCAUCAACAACUUGAAGAAUCAACCGUUGGAUGAGUAUAAACCUGGUUUAGGCCAAUAUUAUUGCAUAGAAUGUGCCAAAUAUUUUGAAAAUCAAAUAAGUUUGGACAGGCAUCAAAAAUCCAAGAUUCAUAAAAGAAGAGUCAAGCUACUCAAGGAACGUCCGUACACUCCGUUGGAGGCAGAGGCAGCUGGUGGAGUUAACAUGGAGAAAUUUAUUCAGUCUGUCGAAAAAUAUAAACAAUUGGAACAAUACAAAGCUGCAAAUAAAGUCGUUUACGAAGCUGCGAAUAACCAAAAGAAAGACAGCUUGGAUGCCAUAAUCACAGGGGUUCCGUCUGAUGAGUUUCAAAGCACACAACAGCAGCAGCAGCAGCAGCAGCAGCCGCAGCAACUGACGCAACUGACGCAACCAGGGGAAGGACUCGAUUCCGUCGAAGCUACUACAACGGAGAUUACCAUGAAGGAAUAA